UACAUCCCCGUGCCCCGUUCGCGUUGACUCUCAUUGUUUCGGAAAAUUCCAUAAAACUUCCAAGUGAUUUAAAUAAUAUUCGCUGAAAUAGAAUAAAUAAACAUGGUGGCAAGGGUGGCUGGUGUAUUUGACGAGAAAUUGACUGAAGCGAUCGCUAAUUCUAAGAUUUUAGUUGUCGGUGCCGGUGGUAUAGGUUGUGAAAUUCUUAAAAACCUCGUUUUGACCGGCUUUCCUCAGAUUGAAAUCAUCGACCUUGACACAAUCGACGUAAGCAAUCUGAACAGGCAGUUUUUGUUCCACAAGGAACAUGUAGGGAAGUCAAAGGCGCAGGUAGCCAAAGAGAGCGCCCUCAGCUUCAAUCCUAAUGUAAAAAUUGUCGCGCAUCACGACAGUGUUAUCAGCAAUGACUAUGGAGUGAGCUACUUCAAACAGUUCAACAUAGUGUUGAACGCUCUGGACAACCGAGUGGCUCGUAACCAUGUCAACCGUAUGUGCCUUGCUGCUAACGUCCCACUUGUUGAAACCGGUACUGCUGGAUAUGCUGGUCAGGUGGAACUCAUCAAGAAAGGUAUGACACAGUGCUAUGAAUGUCAACCAAAGGCUCCACAAAAGACAUUCCCAGGGUGCACCAUAAGAAAUACUCCAUCGGAACCAAUCCAUUGCAUUGUUUGGGCUAAGCAUCUCUUCAACCAACUGUUUGGAGAGGAAGACCCAGAUCAGGAUGUUAGUCCGGACACUGCAGACCCCGAAGCAGCAGGUGAUGCUGGAACGUCAGCCCUGACUUCAGAAGGGACUGCAGCAGGCAACGUAGAAAGAAAAAGCACAAGAGCAUGGGCUGCCGAAACUAAUUAUGAUCCGGAGAAGUUGUUUUCAAAACUGUUUGGGGAUGACAUCAGAUACCUGUUGUCAAUGGAGAAUCUGUGGAAGAAGCGUCGCCCACCCACCCCUCUGUCAUGGAACAACCUGCCGGGCAAGGACGAUCCUCCAGCACAGCACUCCGGGUUACCAGAUCAGAGAGUCUGGUCUAUAUAUGAGUGCGCACAGGUACUAGCAGCAAGCUGCAAGGCUCUUCAAGCGGACCUGAAAAGCCGUCCAGAGGGCGACCACCUCGUCUGGGACAAGGACGAGAAGUACGCCAUGGACUUUGUCACCGCUUGCGCGAAUAUCCGCGCGCACAUCUUCAAUAUACCCACUAAGUCGCGUUUUGAGAUCAAAUCAAUGGCCGGCAACAUAAUCCCGGCCAUAGCGACCGCGAACGCUAUAGUCGCGGGGUUGGCCGUGCUACGGGCGCAGUCUAUCCUCAAGGGGAACAUCGAGGCUUGCACCAGUGUGUACCUGCGACCGAAGGUCAACCACCGCGGACAGCUGUUUGUGCCUGAGAGAACUCUGACUGCACCAAACCCGAAAUGCUACGUCUGCGCCCCGAAACCAGAAGUAGGCCUCGCUUGCAACCUCAAACAACUCACCCUCAAAGAUCUGACCACUGCUUUCAAGGAGGGCCUGAACAUGCAGGCGCCAGACGCCACCGUCGAGGGCAAAGGUCUCGUCGUACUUUCAUCAGAACCAGGCGAGACAGAUCAUAACAAUGACAAAACGCUUGAAGAGCUAGGCCUAAGCGACGGCUGCGCUUUAAUGGUCGACGAUUUCCUACAAAACUACGAAGUUCGAGUGCGUCUCCAACAGGAAGAGAAAGAGAAAUCGUGGAGACUGGUCACCGACAACGACGCCCCGAUGCCGGCACCGGUGGCUGAACCGGAGAAACCAGCCAACGGGUCCAAUGGUUCCGAACCCAAACCCGGACCGUCAAAGGCACGCAGAGACAGCGAUAGUGAUAUGGAAAUCAUCGAAGAAGAUGACGAAGGCGAACCUGUGAAGCCACCGAAACGUAGGCGCACGGAAAUGAGUGAUGAGGUCGUUGAACUGUGCUAAUAAGUAAGCUAGAAUUGUAUUUUUUGUUAUAGGUCACUAGUAUCACGGAGAACACAAUGGAACAUAAAGGAAACACUAUGUAUGUACUGGUGGAUGCUAGAAUAAAUUGGUGUCCACAAUCGUAUUAGAAGAGAUCUGGAGUUUUCUACAAACUUUUAAUAAUUUACAAAACUUUUGCGAGAUUUUUUUGAUUGUCUAUGUACGUCUGUUGCUAUAUGAAAUAGCAUGCAAUAAACAAUUAGUAUUUUGGUAAAGUGUUCCCGUUUAAUAUAAGCUUCUUGGUCUCAACUUUGUAUACUCGAAAAGUUGUGAAUGUGAUGUCCAUGUUCGUAAAACUUAGGUGAUCUGAUUAUAAUGUGGUCACUAUAUAUGUGUGAUAACUUUGAAAUUGUGCUAACUCAAGACCCGUCGAUGUUAGUCCCUGUGCACGAGCAUCGUAAGUUAAUGAGCGGCAAAGCGAUUCAAAUCAAUGUCUCUUAAAGAAAACCCCGCUCAGGAGCGUAAUUAGAAAUGCUAGUUCAAUACGACCUCGCCGGUCGAAACGAACUGGAGUAAGGUUUCCGGGCGGUUUUCGCUAAAAACGCAUGGAAACCCUACUCGAAUACGUCCCAGACGGCGACGAACCGGAGUAGGAUUUCUAGAUUAAUAUGCGUUAAAAUGUGCUAGAAACCCUCAUUCUUUUAGUCAACGAAAAACGCCCGGAAACCCAGUUCGUCUCGGCCGGCGUGGAAGUAUUGAACUAGCAUUUCUAAUUACGUCGCCCGGGUAUAGAAUAAUACUUUAGAACGGUAACUCCGCCCAAUACCGGGCGGCGAGCUUACCACCCUAUGGGCCUGUCUUUAGUCUUAAAAGGGCUUAAGCCGCUAAGGAUUAAAGAGGGACCUGGACACUUUCUCGCACUUACGCGGGCGGCACACGGUGAGAAUGCGAUUCCUUUAAGCAGUGUGCGAUGCAUGUCCCGAGCACUGCUUCACACAACGGUUGCUCUAAAACUUACUGUUGAAAUGUCAUAAGACGGCCAAUUUUUAGGGUUCCGAACCUCAAAAGGUAAAUCGAAACCCUUAUAGGACCACUUUGUUGUCCGUCAAAGUCUGUCAAGUUUAUUUAAAUUAAAUUGUCUUUUCACAAUGCUUACGUCAAGUAAGCAUGUUUCUAAAGACGUAAUCAUAAUAAAAAAAUAAUUUUAUAAUAAUAUCUUGGCAUGACACCAAAUCAACCCUUUAUUCUUUGUUGACUAAAAGUCGAAAAUUAAACAAGAGUCCCAAAGUUUAAACACUAUCAUCAGCACAUUCAAAGUUAUCAUAAUUAGUAGUAUUUUCUAACUCCCAAUGGAGCAAUAUUUUGAUAUGAUAAGAACAAUCUUUGUAGUAAGUUAUAAGAAAUUAUCACUAAUUGAAGAGUAUCCUGUCUUAAUUCAUAAAUAAAAUGUAUAAAUAAGGUA